AUGGGUGGCGAGCGCACUCCACAGCCCCAGCCGGCUUCCACUGCCGCCGCGACUUCCAACUAUCCUGUUCUAGCUGCCGGUCCAAAGGGUAAGAAGAUAUCAAAGAUCUACAUAGAAAGAAUCGCACAGUUCUACUCAACAGGACAAUGGGAGAAGCAGAACCUGCUGGCCAUGAUGUACGAGGGCAAGGCCUCUGGCCCUCCUCAUGUACAGCUUUCGACUUGGGCUGCUCCUGAUCUGUCGAGGCCUACCUUCGACGAAGCCGCCAAGGGCAAGUAUGAGCCUACACACGUCGGAGAGUCCUUCGGUCCCUCUUGGUCGACGCAUUGGUUCAAGGUUGUUAUCAAAGUCCCGGAAUCCCUGCUUGAGAAAGAACACCUGGAGCUGCAGUGGGACGCCAACAGCGAAGGUCUCAUCUGGACGGAAGACGGAAAGCCGUUGCAGGGACUCACUGGCGGCGGUGAACGUGUAGAAUGGAUUCUGCCCAAGAACUUCCGGGAUGGUAAGGAGCACACCAUUUACAUUGAAAUGGCUUGCAAUGCCAUGUUUGGUAAUGCCCCCGGCGGUGACUCUAUUCAACCUCCCAAUCCCAACAAGUACUUCCAACUGGUGAAAGCGGAGAUUUGCGCCGUCAACAUGGACGCUCGACAGCUUUGGAUCGACACUUGGAUCAUUGGCGAUGCGGCAAGGGAGUUCCCAGAGGACUCUUGGGAGCAGCACAAGGCAUUGACCGUUGUUACUGAGGUCAUUGAUGCUUACAAGCUUGGCGACAAGGAAUCCAUCAAGAAGGGCCGCAAGAUUGCCGAAGAAUACCUUGGCUCAGACGUCAACUCUGCCAAGGUUUACAACAGCGGCAAAGUGCCUCAAGUUUUUGCUAUUGGCCAUUGCCAUAUCGAUACCUGCUGGCUGUGGCCGUGGGCAGAGACCAAACGCAAGGUCGCUCGAUCAUGGUCCAACCAAAUUGAUCUGAUGGAGCGCUACCCUGAGCUGAACUUUGCUUGUUCCCAAGCACAGCAAUACAAGUGGCUUGAGCAGUAUUACCCUUUCAUAUUUGACCGGGUCAAGACAAUGGUCAAGGAAGGAAGGUUUCUUCCCAUUGGCGGCAGCUGGGUCGAGCACGACACCAAUAUGCCCAGCGGUGAGUCCCUUGUGCGUCAAUUCGUGUAUGGACAACGGUUCUUCCAGAGCCGUUUUGGAGCGCGUUCCAAGACUUUCUGGCUGCCGGACACCUUUGGAUAUUCGAGUCAAUUGCCUCAACUCUGCCGCCUUGCCGGGAUGGACCGCUUCCUCACCCAAAAGCUCAGCUGGAACAACAUCAACAACUUCCCUCACACGACCUUCAACUGGGUUUCUCUUGAUGGCAGCCAAGUUAUCUGUCAUAUGCCUCCUUCCGAAACUUAUACUGCUGAAGCCCAUUUUGGUGACGUGAGCCGAAGUAUCUCGAAGCACAAGUCGAUGGACCAAGAUCAUACAUCACUGCUCGUGUUUGGCAAAGGUGAUGGCGGUGGUGGCCCUACAUGGCAGCAUAUCGAGAAGCUUCGCCGCUGCCGUGGCAUCAGUGAUAAAGUCGGUCGUCUUCCCCGCGUUCACUUGGGCAGCACGGUGGACGAGUUCUUCGAUAAGUUGCAAGAAAAGGGCGUUACGCUAGUGACAUGGUAUGGUGAGCUAUACUUUGAACUUCAUCGUGGAACCUACACAACUCAAGCCAAUAACAAGCUGAACAAUCGACGCUCGGAGGUCAUGAUGAAAGAUCUCGAAUUGCUUGCUACCAUCGCAUCACUUGAACACAAAAAUUACAAGUAUCCCAAGGCAGCCUUUGACGAGAUUUGGGAAGGCAUACUCCUUUGUCAGUUCCAUGACUGUCUUCCCGGUAGUUCGAUCGAAAUGUGCUAUGAUGACUCUGACGAGCUUUAUGCUCGCAUCACCAAAAUUGGUGAAGGCGUGCUGAAAGACAUAUACAAGCUUUACAAUUUCCCCGAGGUUCAGCCAACAUCUGUUGCUGGCGCUGUAGCACUGAACACACUUCCAUGGCACCGAAAGGAAGUUGUUGACGUCUCUGAAACAGAGUGCGGAGUCGCUUGUGGCUCAGGUAAUGUCAUGAGCGUCAGGGCCUUCAAAACCGGCGACAAGAAGGCCGUCACUGUGAAAGAAGUCAAGAAAGGUGUCUUCGUUAUGGAGAAUGAGCAGCUUACCGUAACUGUGGAGGCCGGCGAGAUCAGUUCGCUAAUCGACCGCAAAAAUGGACGUCAAGUCAUCGCAAAAGGUGGUUAUGCAAACAAGUACGUUUUGUUCGACGACAAGCCGUUAUACUGGCAAGCUUGGGAUGUCGAAGUUUACCACCUCGACACCCGAAGGGAACUUCCUUCUGGCGAGACGAAGAUUUAUGAGGACAAGGAGCACCGUGUCAGUGUCGUUACCGAGACGAAGAUCAGCGAUGAGAGCUCGAUCAAAUCUGUCCUCACCUUACAGGCUGCUUUUGAAGGAUACCAGUCAUAUGUCGAGUGUACUAGUUACGUCGAUUGGCAUGAGACCAUGAAGUUCCUCAAGGUCGAGUUUCCUGUUGACGUUGUCAACAACGAGGCAUCAUACGAAACCCAGUAUGGUAUCGUGAAGAGACCAACUCACUACAAUACCACUUGGGAUAUGGCCAAGUUUGAGGUCUGUUGCCACAAAUUUGCUGAUUUAUCAGAGCACGGCUACGGUGUCUCGAUCAUCAACGACAGCAAAUACGGCUUCGCUACUGUCGGCAACCUGAUGCGCCUGUCUCUGCUCAGGGCACCCAAAGCUCCUGACGCACAUGCAGACAUGGGUACGCACAAGAUCAGAUGGGCCAUUCUGCCGCACGAGGGCGCUCUCGGACCCACAACUGUCCGCACCGCUCACAACUUCAACAACCCCUUGAAAAUCACGGCCGCGCCUGCAGCAGAGGUCAAAGCAACUCUCAGUACUCAGUCGGUCAAAUUGAGCGGCGACCUUUCCCUGAUUCUCGACUGCGUCAAGCGUGGCGAAGACGAUGAGGAUGUUUCUCAGGAUGAAAACAUUCCGAAGCGGAAGGGUAAGAGUGUGAUCCUUCGUAUUUACGAUAGUUUGGGCGGCCACAGCCGAGGCACGGUCUCGACAAAAUGGAGUCUGAAGAAAGUCACAAAGACCAAUAUUCUUGAGGACGAUCUGGAGGAUGUUUCGCUCGAUAAGGACGGCAGCUUCGCCAUUAAGCUGAGACCUUUCGAGGUUGCUACAUACAGAUUGGAGGUGUGA